AUGAAAUGCAAUGAAACCACAAUGAGUGAAUUCAUACUUCAGGGAUUCACUGACAUUCGUGAACUGCAGCUGUUGUUGUUCACCAUCCUGUUAUUUUCGUACCUCCUGACGAUCGCUGGAAACACUGCCAUUAUCACCAUUUCUCAUAUCGAUCACCGACUACAUACCCCAAUGUAUUUUUUUCUUUGGAAUUUCUCACUCAUAGAAAUCGGCUUCACCACGGCUAUUGUUCCCCAAACUUUGACUCAGCUGGCAACGGGAAAUAAGAAGAUUUCGUAUCUUGGUUGCAUGUUACAAUCUUUCUUGUACUUCCAACUAGGCACCUCUGAGUUCUUCCUCUUAGCUGUUAUGUCGUUUGAUCGAUAUGCGGCCAUUUGCAGUCCCUUGCACUAUCCAACCAUCAUGAACAAUCGUAUCUGUACUACUCUGGUUCUGAUUUCUUGGCUCGGCAGUUUUCUCCUAAUCAUUGGUCCAUCAUUACUUUUCCUCCAGAUUCCCAUGUGUGGUCCAAAUAUCCUUAACCAUUUCUUCUGUGACAACACACCUUUGAUCAAAAUCCUUUGUGGUGACACACGGCUGCUAAGGUUCCUGGGAUUUGUUACAGCCGUGUUUUCUGUCCUGGGCAGCUUGAGCAUUACGGUGGUAUCCUACAUCAAUAUCAUCAAAACUGUCUUACGUAUCCCUUCUGCUACAGGGAGACAGAAGACCUUCUCUACCUGUGCCUCUCACUUCAUUGUGGUCUCCAUCACCUACGGGAGCUGUAUAUUCCUAUAUAUAAAACCAACCCAGAACAGCAGAUUAGAGCUUGGCAAAAUGGUGGCCAUCCUCAACACCAUGGUAUCCCCUUUGCUCAACCCCUUCAUAUACUGCUUGAGGAACAAACAGGUCCAGCAAGCCUGGAAAGAUGCCUUGGUAAAAUUCACUGCCAUUAUUAAAGGAACAGGAAAACCCUGA